UCUGCGCAGGCAAAUGAUAACUACAUUAUCUGUGGCUGCAUGGACACGGUCAUCCAAGCCUAUAGGUAAAUGAGACAUUAGGUUAAUGGCUCACUUGUGGAAAGUGUCGGGCAGCAGGAUGGCGGCAAACUCACUAGUAAAGCGCAGAGAAAUAAAAAGUGUGAUGGAUGUUCUAAACCUGUGGAAAGAUGACCCGGAGGAGCUUCUCCUGGAACUGGGCUUCGGCUGUGACGAACCAGACUUGUCUGGACGGAUCCCGGCCCGAUUCAUCAACUACCAGUCUCAGGCGAGAGGAAUAAACGUCCAGGUGUUUCUGGAUGCUCAGAAGAACCGAAUAGACAUGGAGGACCCCGAUGUCAGCAAUCGUUUUAGACAAGUGGAGGUUCUCCAGCACGUGACAUCAACGUUCUCUGCCUUGGUGGUGUCUUCCUCCUCAUCUUCUUGCUCCUCUUUCGGAGCAUCAUUGGGAAAACCCCUGUCCCCCGAGGCCCGUGUGAGGAGGAGGCGCAUGGCCAGUCUGUUCAGACGAGCAUCAAAAAAGUCACUCAGCCAAAUCCACCAAAACCAUACGACCCAGGACCUAACUUCACCGACUGACUCCUCCUCUUCUUCACCUGCUAUGCCCAUGUCACUGCAACCGCCACUCAGCCUGGGAGAUGAGAAUGUCCCUGAACAAAGUGUAAAACCUGGAUCUUUGGAGAAUGUGAGUCCUCUGGUGGAGGAGCAUGGAGGCGACCCAGCACAUCAGCCUCACAUAGGUCAGGAGAGAGCACUCAGACCUGGGCACCUGAGGGAGGAGGGUCCGUCCCUGUCGCCCAACACUUUACACAGGCAGAGCCAAGUGCAGGUCAGAGCAUCAACUGACAUGGAAGAGGUUUUGCCAGGAGGAAGUCAGAGUAAUGAAGGGCCAGACUCUUCCUCUUCUCCUCCGCCGUCUAACUCCUCAUUCCACCCACUCUCUCCAUCGCUGAUCACCUCUGGUGUUGAAAAAGUUCUGCUUUCCUUGACCUGUCCAUCACCAGAGCUUUCCAAAUUUGACCUGCCGUGUUCAGAAAUAGAGACAUCACCAGAUCAAGUUCAGCCUCCACCUGCUUCAGUGUCUGAAUCAGGAUUAGAGCAUCUUCCCUCUCGUUCUUCUUUGUCACCCAAUUUACUGAAUGUAACUCACUCCCAGUCUCCAUUUCUCCCCUCUCUGACAUUCAUCUCUCUCGCGGCUACUUCCUCGCCCACUCAUGCUGCCUUGUUGCUUCGAAGAUCAGAGGACGAUGAGACUGAAGUCAAUGAUGCACGUGCUACACCUGAGUCACUGCAACCACCACUCAGCCUGGGAGAUGAGAAUGUCCCUGAACAAAGUGUAAAACCUGGAUCUGUGGAGAAUGUGAGUCCUCUGGUGGAGGAGCAUGGAGGCGACCCAGCACAUCAGCCUCACAUAGGUCAGGAGAGAGCACUCAGACCUGGGCACUUGAGGGAGGAGGGUCCCUCCCUGACACUCAACACAAUUUUACACAGGCAGAGCCAAGUGCAGGCCAGAGCAUCAUCUGACAUGGAAGAGAUUUUGCCAGGAGGAAGUCAGAGUAAUGAAGGGCCAGACUCUUCCUCUUCUCCUCCGCCGUCUAACUCCUCAUUCCACCCACUCUCUCCAUCGCUGAUCACCUCUGGUGUUGAAAAAGCUCCACUUUCCUCGCCCUGUCCAUCACCAGAGCUUUCCAAAUUUGACCUGCCGUGUUCACAAAUAGAGACACCACCAGAUCAAGUUCAGCCUCCACCUGCUUCAGUGUCUGAAUCAGGAUUAGAGCAUCUUCCCUCUCGUUCUUCCUCACCCGAUUUACAGAAUGAGCCCAAAAAGAACUGA